AUGAUUUUUAAUGAUAUCAUUUUAAGGUUAUUUCAUUAGCUCUGGUUCUGUAUAUUAAAUUAUAAAGACACAAACAGUAUUGAGACUGAGGAUGAAGAUGUUUGUGCAUCAUGCAAAUCUGUCCUUUUUGGUGGGGAUUUUAUCACGGUAUUCUAGAAGUGCACUUGGGGUGCAGGAAGACAAUGAAGUCCUGAAAACUAAUAGCCCCCCCCCUUUUUUUAGCCAUGCCAUCAGUCUUACAUUUUACUGGGUUGGCAAACCUUUUCUGUCUUAGCUUGAGGAGAGAUGUCAAUGCUUUUAGUGAAAACAAGAGUUUUCCCACGAUCUUCUUCUAGUCUAUAAUAAUAAAAGGGUAAUAUGCUAAUUAGACCGGACAUCUUCCAGACGUCCUUCCGGACGUCCUUCCUGACGAAGCCAGGGCCGGAGGGAAGCCCUGACUGAAGUAGUUCAAGUGUUCACUUAGUUGAGAAGCAUAUUCUUUUCAAAAGGAAAUUUGGUGCUCGCUUCGGCAGCACAUGUACUAAAAUUGGAACGCUACAGAGAAGGUUCGCAUGGCCCCCGUGCAAGGAUGACACGCAAAUUCGUGAAGCGUUCCACAUUUUUUUUUAAAAAAAGGAAAUGUGUUUUUUAAUCCUGGAGGAGGAAGAAUUUAUCUUUUCUGGUCAGAACUUAAAAUGCAAAGCCAAAUCCAUGUGCUUGACAUUUUGCCUUGAUGGAUUACUUUUGUCACAAGGCUGGUUGUAGCAGAGCAGAUGGUCAUGCUACUUGGAGUUUUCCACUCAUUUGAUGUUUCCAUGAAGAAACGAUUUGCCGGAAGCCAGCCUCAGCUACAGUUGCACUGGGGACGAUGCUGAACUUUGCUUGCAGAAGCUGGAGGGUAUUGGGGCAGCCCUUCCUGCUGAACCGGUCAGUAGUCUCCUGGUAGAUGCCUGGUAGACAUCUUAGAACUUUAAAAACAGAGAAGACCUGCUUUUAGGGGAAAAUGCUGAGGGACACUAUGAAAUCUUGGAAUGAUAGCCAGUCAGGUCUCUGUACCAGUGACCAAGAAGAGGAAGAAGAGAUGGUUUUUGGUGAAAAUGAAGAUGACUUGGAAGAGAUGAUGGAUUUAAGUGAUCUGCCCACCUCUCUUUUUGCCUGCAGUGUCCAUGAAGCAGUGUUUGAGGUGCAAGAGCAGAAGGAGAGAUUUGAAGCGCUUUUCACCAUCUAUGAUGAGCAGGUUACGUUUCAGUUGUUUAAAAGCUUUAAAAGAGUCAGAAUAAAUUUCAGCAAGCCUGAAGCAGCAGCCAGAGCACGAAUAGAACUCCACGAAUCAGACUUCAACGGGAAGAAGCUGAAGCUGUAUUUUGCACAGGUUCAGGUGUCCCGUGAAACACGAGACAAGUCGUAUCUACAGCCGCCCCAGCCGGUCAAGCAGUUCCUCAUCUCCCCUCCGGCGUCUCCUCCCGUGGGGUGGAAGCAGGGGGACGACGCGAUGCCGCUUUUAAAUUACGAUCUACUCUGUGCUGUUUCCAAGCUGGGACCAGGAGAGAAAUACGAACUUCAUGCAGGAACUGAGUCGACACCCAGCGUGGUGGUGCACGUCUGUGAAAGUGAAACGGAAGAGGUAGAGGAAACAAAAAACCCCAAACAGAAAAUUACCCAGACCAGGCGCCCGGAACCCCCAGCCACAGCACUGAGCGAGCCCCAGACCUUCGACUGUGCCCCGUGAGGCCUGAUGGUGGCGCGAGGCAGCUGCCAUCGCGGGUGCUGGUCGUGGAAACAGUGCCCCCUGCUGGGGCACUGCUGCUCGUGGUGUAGGUGAGGUGAGCAGGGCAUGCGAGGCCGUGUGUUCACCACGCCUGCGCCGUGGACACGGCAGUCUAGAGUAGAGGCUGAUAUUCUGAGAAGCACUGCAAGGAUUGGCCCCCAACAUGCAGCAUCUCUUGACCACUUUGAACAGUAGCCAAUUAGGAACACGGCCCCCUCCAGGAAUGUUCCUUUCCCUGAUUCUGUGUAGCAUGGAGAACCCCAAAACUAAAGCUGUAGUCGCCGAGCGCAGUCCCGUUUCUAUGAAUUUACAAGUAGUCUUACAGUUUUAAUAAUCUAGUGUGGGUAUUUUUGUACUGGUAUAACAGCUUCUAACUAAACCUCUUGAUCAAAGCUUAAUUACUAUUCAGUAUACCUGAAAUUUUUUGCACGUCAAGAAACCUGAAGUAUAGAAUAAUUCAUAGAAAAUCA